GCAUGGUGUUGCGUGCACCAGAGCAGGGGAUGUCCCACAACCAGCCCAGCGCUGUACGACUGCUACGGCCAGGACGAGCUGAACAUGUCUCAGUGGAGGCCGGCGCACAAGGACUGGUGCUGCCAGGUGCACGGCGUUUGCGUCAGGGAGCCCGAGCCGUUCGAUUGCCCUCCGGAGCUGGAUCUGUUGCCUUCCGACGUGCUGAACUCGGCCAACAGCUCCAGCAGCUCCAACAGCUCGAAGGAGGCCGAGCAGAAGGGAGGCGCCGUUCGCAGACUGCGGGCUGGUGGUCUGUCCGCGGCCGUUCAGGAGCUCGCCACGACUGUGACCGUGGACCAGAGGGCGUGGUGCUGCUUGCACUACAACCGAGGCUGUCCGAAGUUGCUCCCGGUGCCCUGGAACUGCUCCGAGGACUUCGACCGGUACGAGGAGGAGUGGAGCGCCGAGAAGAAGUCGUGGUGCUGCCAGCGGACGCGGCGCGCCUGCCCGACAAAGAGCGAGCUGAAGUACGACUGCUACGCCGGCCUCGACAACUGGCAGCUCGGCUGGAGUUCAUCGAAGAAGGGCUGGUGCUGCAUUCACGAGAACCUGGGCUGCCCCGACCUUACCAGCGCGCCGUUCGACUGCUACAAGGGCUUCGACGAGGGGGACUGGGUCGUUGGAUGGACAGCGCAGCAGAAAGCGUGGUGCUGCCAGAGCUUCGGGCGCGGCUGCCCGACCACCACCGCCCUCCCCUUCGACUGCUACACGGGCUUCGAGACGUGGAGGGACAGCGGCCGGAGGACCAGCAGCAGUGGUGCUGUCGCAGCGCAGGGCGCGCUUGCCCCGACACCUCCACGCUGCCCUUCGACUGCCUGGAAGGGUACGACAAGUGGAGCGACACUUGGGCCACGGAGAAGAAGGCUUGGUGCUGCCUACACCAGAACCGCGGGUGCCCCGAGGCCACUUCGUACCCGUACGAUUGUCAGGAGGACGUGCAGAGCUGGGAGGGCGUUUGGACGCAGCCCAAGAAGGAGUUCUGCUGCAAAGCGAUACGCGUAGGCUGCCCGCAGCAGCAGCAGCAGCAGCAGCAGCAGCAGCAGCAGCAGCAGCCUCAGCAGCAGCAGCAGCAGCAGCCUCAGCUAGGGGCGUCCGAUCUCGGCCAGCAGCCGGACCUGGCCAUUUCGCUGCCUUUCGAUUGCGACGCCGGCUUCAACAAUUGGAUGGCAGGCUGGUCGCAAGCGAAGAAGGCUUGGUGCUGCGACGCGCAGUCCCGCGGCUGCGAAACGCCAGCGCCGGCGCCACGCGCCGAGCCCCUGGCCGAGCCACCUGCCGAGAUCGCGGCCAAUACCGCGUGGCCGACGGCGCCGCCGCCGCUGCCCGCGGCGCCCCCGGUGCCCGCGGCAUCGCCGCCGCAGCUGCCCGCUGCGCCCACGGCGCCCGUG